CCGCCCCCUUCUGGCAAAGGUGGCAACCCUAAAUGCCUAACUGAACUAUAAGCCUCAGCAUCACAGAAACCCUAAGCUAUUCCACAGAAUAAAAGAUGAUUGCUUCUGAGCUCCUGUGUCUGAAGCCAUUUGCAUUUCCACAGCAGCCAGUUCCUCCCUUUCCUCUAGUGUGUGACUGCCCUGGGCAUAAUGAGAGUGAGGAGUGAGGUAUCAGGUGAAGGAGCGGGGGAGGUACAGGACUACAAGUCCCACAAUGCACAUGCGCAGAAAGCUUAAGCCCAAAGAACUUGUCGCCGGUAGACUCAUCGCUCUGGCUGACAGUCGGGGAGCCGGUAAAAGUGCAGUAGGGCAUGUACAGAAGCACAAUGGACAAGUAUGACAUUGUACGGUUGAUUGGGGAAGGAGCAUUUGGGAAAGCAUAUUUGGCAAAGGGAAAAUUGGAUAACACGCAAUGUGUCAUCAAAGAGAUCAACUUGUCAAAGAUGCCAAAGAAAGAGAAGGAUGCUUCCCAUAAGGAAGUUAUUUUACUGGCCAAGAUGAAGCACCCCAAUGUUGUCACCUUUUUCUCUUCCAUUGAAGAAAGGAAUAAGCUGUACAUUGUGAUGGAAUACUGUGAUGGUGGGGAUUUGAUGAAGAGGAUAAACAAACAAAGAGGAGUGCUCUUUGAGGAAGAACAGAUCCUAAGCUGGUUUGUGCAGAUUUCCUUGGGACUGAAACACAUUCAUGAUCGGAAAGUCCUUCACCGAGACAUCAAAGCACAGAACAUUUUCCUUUCCAGUAAUGGAACACUGGCAAAACUGGGAGACUUUGGCAUAGCAAGAAUGCUGAACAGCACAAUGGAACUGGCACGAACCUGCGUGGGAACUCCGUAUUACCUUUCGCCUGAAAUCUGUGAGAAUAAGCCAUAUAACAACAAAACGGAUAUUUGGUCGUUAGGAUGUGUGCUCUAUGAGUUAUGCUCCCUCAAGCAUCCGUUUGAAGCUGGCAGCCUGCGCCAACUAGUGCUGAAGAUCGGUAGAGGACGCUAUGAGCCACUCCCUAACAAGUAUUCUUAUGACUUGAGGACUCUAGUAUCUCAGCUUUUUAAAAUAUCCUCUCGGGACAGACCUUCCAUCAACUCUAUCUUAAAGAAACCAUUUCUAGAGAAACGUAUUAAUAAACAUCUGAGUCCAGAGCUCAUUGAAGAGGAGUUCAGCCAUACUGUCAUACACAGGAAAAAGCCAUCAUCAUCAAAUCCAGCCAGAUAUCCUUAUAGACCUAAACAAUCACCUGUUGCCAAAGCAGAUGUUGCAAAAGCUGAGAGGUGCAAAAUACGUGAAAUCAACUCUCCUAAACCUAAAGUAGCUGUGCGUCCUAGGAGGGACGAAUUACCCAAGAGGAACGAAUGGAAACCUCCUUCUGUUGUUCAGCAUCAUGCAGUCAAGAAUUACUGGGAACCAAAACCAGAUAUUGGAGGGCGGGCAGCAGUGGCCAAGAUCCAGGGGCAGUAUGAUCACUACUAUGCCCAGCUGAACAACAUACAGAGAAGAGGUUAUGAGCAGAUGCCUAAUAAUGUGCCUCUCAUCAACCACCGAGUUGAAGAUUAUUACAAACAGAAAGCCAUGCAACAGCAAAACCAAGGGCCUGCAGAAUUUUUACAGAGGAGACAGGAGGCCCAGCUAUAUAAGAUAAAGGUCGAGAAGCAAUUGGGCCUGCGUCCAUCCUCAGCUGACUACUUCUAUAAAGCAGCGUUGAGACCAGAACUUCCACCGGAGGUGCAAAUAAACAAACCUCCACAGAAACAGCAGAUUAAGAAUAUUGAGAAUAGGGAGUAUCUGAAGCAGCUGGAGCUCAUUCGUCAGCAGUAUCACAAUGAAGUGAGGGGAAACAAAGCCAAAGCAGGACUACAGCAGGAAGCUCCGAGACUUGUAGAAGGGACUUAUCUGGUACAGCAAGGAGUCCACAAAGGGGAAGGACCCUGCGUUCAGCCUGACAGUAAAGAGCCAGCUGAGGAAAUUCAAUAUUUAAAUCACAUUUUAAAGCAAAACAGAGAGGAACGAAGAGAGCUGGAAAAGAAAUUUAAAAUUAAGGGUGGAGUAAAGUUUGAGAUCAAUUUGAAUGGCCCCCCUGCAGAUGAGGGUACAAAUCAAGAGGAAGAGGAGACUGACCUUCUAAAUAAUACAUUGACAUUUGAGCUUGGGAAGAAACUAGAGGGCACCAACUGGCAAAAAGUGUGCAACGAUCACAGAGGAAGCAUCGAAGAUGUGGAAUCAGCUGAAGAUGACGGCACCCUUGAUCACAAGGCAGUGGACCAGAGGAAGCAGUGGGUCCCAGGAGCACCCCAAACACUUCUACGUUUUCUGGGGGAUGCUGACUUCUCGUCGACAUGCAAUACAAUGGCUGAUGGGCAGAGUGCUGAAGAACUGGCAGGGAACAGAAAGCAGUGGAACCAGGUGGCACCUGAAACCUUACUGAGGGCCUUGGGAGAAGCUGAUGUGAAUGAAGAUGUGUGCGAUGGGACGCUGAAACCAUGGCUGCCAGAGAGGCAGGACUCUGAAGCUGAUAUAAAUUCAGAUGAUGAUCUGGAUGAAGAGAGACUUGAGCCAAGAUCAGAUGAUGAUGAUACCAAUUUUGAAGAAUCUGAAGAUGAACUUAGAGAAGAAGUCAUGGAGUCCAUGGAAAGAGUUUUAAUUCCAAGCGAAGUAGACGACGUGGAUGUGAAUAAAACAAAACCAGCCCAAGGCCCAGCAGCUGAUCCUUCCAUAGGCAUGGACGCGAUAAAGGGUCCAAAUGCAGAAAAUCAUUCCGCACUGGAAGAUAUUCUAGAGGAUAGAGAAAAGCAACGUUUAAAGGAAGAGAACCUUGGUCAGGCAGAAGACCAGUCUUCAGGAGAAGAGAAGAUGGGCCUUGAAGCAAUCCAAUAUCUAGAGAGACACACUGCUGGGCAGAUAGAAGACCAACUGCAAGUAGAUGGGAUUGAAAACCAGUCUUUCGGAGAAAGCAAAGUAGCAGAGGUAGCAAAUCCUGAUGUCUCUAGCUCGCCCAGCAGUGUCUUUAUAAACAAGGUUCCUUCAUCAUCUAAUAUCUGUUCUGUAUAGAAAUACAGAAAUGUAUGUAUUGUGAGCGUACCCUGAUAGCAAGUUUAUCUAUGCUUUAUAAUGGCACUGGCUUUUGCACAGCUGAAAACCCCAUUGGCUCACUGCCUGUAAACUGCCAUCUUUCUAGGCUGGCCCACUAAUGUGAAUCGACAACAGCAAGAGACAUAGCUGGAGCUAGAUGUGGAGAGCAGAGACACCUGCUAGGGUCACAGCAAUCUGGGAAAAGGGAUGGGGUGAAAUUUUAGAAUAUGUUGAUAGUGAUUUAUUGUUGUUUUAUCGUCCAAAUACAAUUAUGUGUCAGUA